UUUCUCCAUUUCAGAAAGGUCAGUUUUUCGAAUCGUCUGAUCGCGUUUGAGUGAACCAUGGACGUUGAGGAACAAGAUGAUAUCCGCGUUUCGCGGAAGGCCAUCAUUCGUGCCCGUCCACAGACUUCUGCAGAACUUGUCGCUGCGAGCCGUGGUGGGAUUGAUGAUAUGCCUCCAGGAGAAGAAAACGAAUAUCGGCUUCCUCAGGCUCUCGAGCAAGUUCUGGCUUUCAAGUCGGAACGUGAGAAGGAAAUUGGGGACGAUGGUGAAAGCGAUGCCAGUGGAAGCGUUCGAAGAGAAGAUCGAGAUUCCGGCGUCCCUUCUGAUGGCGACGACGAAGACGACUACGAAGCAGACAAGCAAUCCGAGAAGAAGUCCGCGAAGGCCAUCAAGAAGAAGAAAAAGAAGAAGAGGAAGAAGCAGCGUCUUCCAGCUAAUGCGGAAGCAUCGAAGGAUAAGCCAAGCGAAGACUCUGAUGUAACCGACGUUGAAGUGGAAUAUGUUCAGGAAAAGUUGGAUUUGGAGCUUACGGAUCCGCUCUAUUCUCAAUUCGCUACUAUCUUUGAAGCGUUUCGAAUCGUGGAUCCUAAUGAAGCGAAAGCUGAAGAAGCGCCGAAGCCCGAAGUAAACCUCCGGAAAGUCCCCAAAGAACUGGAGGCCGAUGAUUUAGAGGAAGAGAAGAAAGAUGACAAACCCAAGAUGUCCAAGAGAAAGCAGAAGAUUCUCACUCGCAUGUCGAUUGCCGACUUGAAGCAGCGCGUGAAUCGUCCGGACGUCGUGGAAAUGCACGAUGUAACCGCCAAGGACCCGACGACUCUCGUUUUCUUGAAAGCGGCCCGAAACACUGUACCUGUGCCUCGGCACUGGUGCUUCAAGCGGAAAUAUUUGCAGGGAAAGCGUGGUUUUGAAAAGCCGCCUUUCGAAUUGCCCGAAUUCAUUCGUCGGACUGGUAUCCAAGAAAUGAGGGCAGCUUUGCAUGAAAAGGAGGAACAGAAAACGCUUAAGAGUAAAAUGCGCGAGAAGGUGCGACCGAAGCUCGGGAAGAUUGAUAUUGACUAUCAAAAACUGCACGACGCGUUCUUCAAGUGGCAAAGCAAACCCAGGAUGACGAUUCAUGGCGACCUCUAUUACGAGGGGAAAGAGUUCGAGACGAAGCUGAAGGCGAAGAAGCCGGGAGAAUUGUCGGAUGAUUUGCGAACUGCUCUCGGAAUGCCGGUUGGAACGAACUCCCACAAAAUUCCUCCACCGUGGCUCAUUGCUAUGCAACGUUACGGACCUCCGCCUUCGUAUCCGAAUUUGAAAAUCCCGGGUUUGAACGCACCGAUCCCCGAUGGAUGCUCGUUCGGAUAUCACGCUGGUGGUUGGGGAAAACCGCCAGUCGAUCAUAUGGGGAAACCGCUUUACGGAGAUGUGUUCGGAACGUAUCAUCACGAUCAAGAGGUUAAUCUGGAGCCGACGGAUAUGGAGAAGAAUUUGUGGGGUGAGCUAGAAUCCGAAGAAGAGGAAAGUGAAGAAGAGGAAGAGGAGGAGGAGGAAGAAGAAGAGGAAGAGGCGGAGCUUGAACAGGACGGAAGGGCCGAAGACGAAGAUAUGACUGGGUUGAUGACGCCAGGAGGCUUCGCGACGCCCUCGGGCAUUACUUCUGUUCCCGCUGGAUUAGAUACCCCGGAUAUGAUCGAGCUUCGUAAAAGACGCAUUGAAACCGAAAUGGAAGAUAGGUCCGAACCCCAGCCGUUGUUUCAAGUACUACCCGAGAAGAGGAUGGACGGGAUGAUCGGACGAGCUGGUAUGAUGGGUUCUGCGCACGUGUACGACGUGACGGCGGCCACUGGUGCCGGAACUGUGCCAGCUGGUGGAGCUGAUGGUGUUGAAGUUGCCUUGGACCCUUCGGAAUUGGACCUGGUCGAUACGGCCGACGCCAUGAAGGCGAAAUAUGAUGAACAGUUGCGGAGACGUCAGGCCGCGGGCUUAGGUGUUCCAGGGCAGGAAGAUUUAUCAGACAUGGUUGCCGAACACGCCGCACGACAGAAGACGAAACGGAAGCGGCAACAAGAAAAGCAAGAGCCUCCUGGCAAACAAGCCAAGAAAUACAAGUUUAAAUUCUGAUCGCGAGUUCGACGAAUUCCAUAUCCUCAACAAUUUGCCCUCUCUUCGCUUUGCCGCAGUGUCGUUACUUGGCUAUUUCUGCAUUUCUAAAAUCCUCAGCUUACUCUUAUGAUAGACGUUCGUUCUGGGGGCGUGUUGAUUUCUUUAUGCUGACAUUCAUUGUCAAUAGUCUGUUGAAAAUGGAAUUCCUGUUUCAUAUGA